AUGAAGAACCUGAUAAUUAUAUUUGUCCUAAUCUUUUGUACUGAAACAGUGGCAGAUCAGAGCCCAGGCCCAGGCCCUCAGUAUGCAGAUGUCGUGUUUCUGGUGGACAGCUCUGAUCACCUAGGAAUCAAGUCCUUUCCUUUCGUGAAAACGUUCAUCAACAAGAUGAUCAACAGUCUCCCCAUAGAGGCCAGCAAAUACCGCGUGGCGCUGGCCCAGUACAGCGACCAGCUCCACAAUGAAUUCCAGCUGAACACCUUCAAGGGCAGGAACCCCAUGUUGAACCACCUCAAGAAGAACUUCUUGUUCAUGGGCGGUUCCCUGCGGCUCGGAAACGCUCUCCAGGAGGCUCAUAAGACCUACUUCUCUGCACCUGAGAACGAGAGAGACAAGAAACUGUUUCCCCCGAUUUUGGUGGUCCUGGCUUCAGGGGAGUCCGAGGACGACGUGGAAAAGGCUUCCGAGGCUCUGCGCAAAGACGGGGUGAGAAUCAUCUCCGUGGGGCUGCAGAAAGCUUCGGAGGAGAACCUGAAGGCCAUGGCCACGGCUCAGUUUCACUUCAACCUUCGGACGGUCCGAGACCUCAGCGCGUUCUCCCAGAACAUGACGCAGAUCCUCAAGGAUGCGGCUCAGUACAAGGAAGGAGCAACUGACGCUGACAUGAAAGUUUCCUCCCCUGUGACCUGUCAGAAAGAUUCACUGGCUGACCUUGUGUUCCUGGUGGACGAGUCCAUUGGGACCAGACAAAAUCAAAGGCACCUGCAGAGCUUCCUGAAGAACAUUACUGCCUCCCUGGAUGUGAGGGACAACUGCAUGCGGCUGGGACUUAUGAGUUACAGCGAUAAAGCCGAGACGAUUUCUUUUCUGAAGUCAAGUACAGAUCAGUCUGUGUUUCUGGAGCAAAUCCAGAAGCUCUCUUUCCGGUCUGGGAAUUCCAAUGCCGGGGCUGCCAUUGAGAAGAUGAGAAGGGAAGGAUUCUCAGAGUCCAGUGGCAGCAGAAGGGCCCAGGGGGUGCCUCAGAUCGCGGUCCUCAUCACUCACAGACCCUCAGACGAUGAAGUGCGCGAGGCCGCAAUGAAACUCCGUCAGGAGGGCGUCACUGUGUUUGCCAUAGGCACCCGAGGGGUUAACAAGACCCAGUUAGAAGAAAUAGUCUCUUACCCUCCAGGACAGACGGCUUCCGUGCUGGAGUCCUAUGCACACUUGGAAACUUACAGUACGAACUUGCUGAAAAAGGUCCAGAAUGAAAUAUGGUCCCAAAUUUCUACUCUUGCUGAACAAAUGGAUCUUGACAAAACUGGCUGUGUGGAUACAAAAGAGGCCGAUUUCUAUUUUCUCAUUGAUGGCUCUACCAGCAUCCAGAAAGAGCAGUUUGAGCAAAUCAAGGAAUUUAUGUUGGGGGUAAUCGACAUGUUUAACAUUGGCCCAGACAAAGUCCGAGUUGGGGCUAUGCAGUAUUCACAUAAGGUGAAAGUGGAAUUUGACAUUCACGUUUAUACUAAUGAUGUGGACUUAAGACAGGCUGUUUCAAUCCUCAAGCAACUCGAAGGCAGUACUUCUACUGGGACAGCCCUGAAGUCCAUGCUGUCAAUGAUAAUGGAGGGAAGGAAGCAUAGGUCAAGCAGGGUUCCCUGCCACCUCAUUGUGCUGACUGAUGGGAGGUCUGAUGAUGACGUCCUGAAACCUGCUGAGAAUUUAAGGGCUGAACAAAUCACCAUUCAUGCUAUUGGCAUUGGGCAGGCUAACAAAACACAACUGCUACAAAUUGCUGGGAAUGAAGAAAGGGUUAACUUUGGGCAGAACUUUGAUUCUUUAAAAAGCAUCAAAAAUGAAGUUGUUCGUAGCAUCUGCACCGAGAAAGGAUGCGAAGACAUGAAGGCUGAUGUCAUGUUUCUGGUGGACAGUUCUGGCAGUAUAGGUCAUGACAAUUUUGAGACAAUGAAAAUCUUCAUGAAGAAUGUGUCAGCUAAGAUUCAAAUUGGUCCAGACAAAACUCAGAUUGGUGUCGUUCAGUUCAGUGGUCAUAAUAAGGAAGAGUUCCAGCUUAAUAAAUACUUUACGCAAAAAGAAAUUUUUGAUGCAAUAGACAGAAUGUCUCUCAUUGGCCAAAAUACUAAGACUGGAGGUGCACUAACGUUUGUAGAUGAAUAUUUCACCCCUCCCAAGGGAGCCCGUCGUGAAGUAAAAAAGUUUCUCAUUCUUAUCACGGAUGGAGAAGCACAGGAUAAUGUGAAAGACCCUGCUAGAGCUCUUCGGGACAAGGGUGUGGUCAUCAUCUCUGUGGGCGUGUAUGGUGCCAAUAGGGCUCAGCUAGAGGAGAUCAGUGGGGUUGGCAGCCUGGUCUUCCAUGUGGAGAACUACGAUCACCUAAAGGAAAUAGAAAAUAAACUCAUCUUCCAUGUGUGUGCUCUUUAUGAUUGUAAAAGUAUCAGAAAGUUAGACGUUGUGUUUGUGCUGGAUCAUUCAGGCAGCAUAAGUUCAACACAGCGAGAAAGCAUGAUUAACCUGACUGUCCAUUUGGUGAACAAAGCAGAUGUUGGCAGGGACCGAGUUCAGUUUGGAGCUGUCAGAUACUCUGAUCAGCCUGAGGUUCUUUUCUACCUCAAUACAUACUCAACCCGAUCAGCAGUCGUUGAGAAUCUGAGGACACCCAGGGCCACUGGUGGUAACACCUUCACUGCCCUGGCUCUCAAUUACACGGACGUCCUGUUCACGGAGCAAUAUGGCAGCCGCAUCAAGCAAAAUGUGAAGCAGAUGCUGAUCAUCAUCACUGAUGGGGAAUCCCAUGACCGACAUAUGCUCAAUGACACAGCAUCGAAAUUAAGAGACAAAGGCAUCGUCAUCUAUGCAGUGGGUGUAGAUAAGGCCAACCAAGAUGAACUUGAGACUAUGGCAGGGAAUAAAAACAACACUAUCCAUGUAAGUGAUUUUGACAAACUGAAAGAUAUUUCCCUGACUCUACAAGAAAGUAUAUGUACCAAUGCACAAGAAGUCUGUAAGAUUCAAGAAGCUGAUGUGGUUUUCCUUUGUGAUGGCUCUGACAUGGUCUCUGAUUCAGAGUUUGUCACCCUGACAACUUUCUUGUCAGAUUUAGUUGACAAUUUUGACAUUCAGUCACAAAGAAUUAAAAUUGGGAUGGCUCAAUUUGGGAGCCACUACCAAAAAAUUAUUGACUUGAAAAACCCUCUGACUGCAAGCCAGUGGAAGACUCGAAUUCAAGCUGUCACCCGGAGCAGUGGGCCCCCACAGAUCAGCUCGGCCCUGCACAAAGUGGGCUUUAUGUUUUCUCCAUCUGCUGGUGGGAGAAGAAAUGCUGGUAUCCCUCAGACUUUGGUUGUGAUCACAUCUGGGGAUCCCCAAGAUAAUGUGGCAGAUGCAGUAAAAAUCCUGAAAGACCUUGGAAUCUGUGUCCUGGUUUUCGGCAUAGGACAUAUUCAUAAAGCACAGCUCCUGCCAAUAACAGGCAAUUCUGAAAGAAUAAUCACCUUUCGAAACUUCAACAGAUUAAAGGAUGUGGAGGUGAAAAAAAGAGUUGUCCGGGAAAUCUGCCAGAGCUGUGGAAAAACCAAUUGCUUUGUGGACAUAGUAGUCGGGUUCGACAUGUCCACUCACGUGCCAGGGCAGCUGUUGUUCCAUGGCCACCCCCGGCUGGAAUCAUACCUCCCAGGCAUCUUAAAAGACAUCACCUCUAUCAGAGGGGUGAGCUGUGGGGCAGGUGCAGAGACACAGGUGAGCGUGGCCUUUAAGGUGAACAAUGACCAAGAAUUCCCUGCCAAGUUCCAAGUCUACCAGGAACCGGUAUUCAACAGCCUGCUGCAAGUCACCGUCAAUGGGCCAACUCAUCUGAAUGCACAGUUCUUACAGCGGCUGUGGGACACAUUUGAGGAUAAAUCUGCAUCCCGAGGACAGGUGCUACUCAUCUUCUCAGAUGGUCUUGGGGAAGAAAGCAUCACAAUGCUUGAGAAUGAAUCAGACAGACUCAGAGAAGCAGGACUUGAUGCUCUGCUGGUAGUGUCCCUAAACACAACUGCUCACCAUGAGUUUUCCAGCUUCGAAUUUGGAAAAGGAUUUGAUUACAAGACUCACCUGAUCAUUGGAGAUAGAGACCUGGGCAAAAUGAUAUCACAGUAUCUGGGAAACAUUGCAGAGAGGACCUGCUGCUGUACAUUUUGCAAGUGUCCAGGGAUGCUAGGACCUCAUGGGACCCAAGGACGACAAGGCUUCAAGGGUGCUCUUGGUCUGAAAGGCACCAGAGGACACAGGGGAGAGGACGGAGAUCCUGGAACACGAGGAGAAACCGGACUCCCAGGAAAUAAAGGGGUUGCAGGAUGUCCAGGGCAGUGGGGUCAAAAGGGAGUCAGAGGACUUCCAGGAUAUAAGGGAGAAGUGGGAGAAGACGGGAUUGACGGACUGGAUGGGGAAGACGGCUUACAUGGAUUUCCUGGAAAAAAGGGAGAAAAGGGUGAUCCCGGAUCUCAGGGCAGCCCAGGUGCCAGAGGCCCACCUGGGGAAUAUGGGGAGAAGGGCUUCCCAGGGGAUCCUGGCAAUCCAGGACAAAACAAUAACAUCAAAGGACAAAGGGGCUUCAAAGGAGAACAAGGAAGACAAGGGAGAACCGGACAGAAAGGAAUAGAGGGCAGACCUAAUUCCAGAGGAAGCAGGGGAAGAGAAGGCCAAAGGGGGCACCUUGGUGCUCCGGGGGAGCCGGGAAGUCCUGGACCUGCAGGUAUACAAGGAGCUGAAGGAUUACAAGGCCCACAGGGGUUACAUGGAAUUCCUGGCAGGAAAGGAGAGAAGGGGAGCCAGGGCCACAAAGGACCUCAGGGUUCUCCUGGGCCAGUGGGAGCUGAAGGGAGUGUUGGAAGACCUGGACUUUGGGGGGAAAAAGGAGAACCUGGAGUUCCUGGAGCUCCUGGGCCAGUGGGGCAAGCUGGACAGCGAGGAAGACAGGGAGAUUAUGGCAUCCCAGGCUACGGUCACAUGGGACAAAAAGGAGCACAGGGCCCAAGAGGAUUUCCUGGAGAUAUGGGGGAAAAGGGUGAAGUUGGCAAUCCUGGAAUUCCUGGGGGGCCUGGACCCAAAGGAUUUAGGGGACAAAGACUCACUGAAGCUUUGAAAGGUGCAAGGGGACCUCGAGGACCUCACGGCCCUCCUGGACGGACAGGCCCUAAAGGCACAGCAGGGAAGCCUAUAUAUUCGCAAUGUGACCUGAUUCAGUUUGUGCGGGACCACAGCUCUUGUUGGAAAGGAAUGUGUCCAGUGUAUCCAACAGAACUGGUAUUUGCCCUGGACCAGUCCUAUGGUGUCACACAGCGGAGAUUUAAUGAAAUGAGGGAUGCUGUCAUUUCUAUUGUCAAUGACCUUAACAUCAGGGAGAACAAUUGCCCUGUGGGAGCGAGAGUUGUUGUGGUUUCCUAUGACUCAGGCACCAACUAUCUCAUCCGUUGGUCCAGCUACCAUAGCAAGAAACAACUGCUCCAGCUUCUUUCUGAAAUAAAAUACCAAACCCCCGCCAAAGCCGGAGACCUCGGCAGUGCCAUGAGGUUUGUGGCCCGGAACGUUUUCAAGCGGACAUAUGCAGGAGCCAAUGUGAGGAGAGUUGCUGUGUUUUUCAGCAAUGAACAAGCAUCCAGUAGAUCAUCCAUCAUCACAGCCACCAUGGAGCUUAGCGCCCUGGAGAUCAGCCCAACAGUCUUUGCUUUCAAUGAAAGGGUUUUCCUUGAUGAGGCUUUUGGGUUUGACAACACUGGAACAUUUCAGGUGAUUCCAGCUCCUUCAAAUGGGGAAUAUAAAGGAUUAGAAAGACUUCAGCGCUGCACACUUUGCUAUGAUAAAUGUUUUCCAAAUGCUUGCAUCAAAGAGGUUUUCUUACCUGAAAAUUCAGACAUUGAUGUAGCUUUCCUCUUAGACAAUUCUCAGAAUAUAGCCAAUGAUGAGUUUAAGGCUAUGAAAGACUUGGUGAGCUCAAUGCUUGACAACUUCAACAUUGCCUCAGACCCUUUAAUCUCAGACUCUGGUGAUAGGAUUGCCUUGUUGAGCUAUUCUCCUUGGGACAGUUCUAGGAGAAAGAAGGGUACAGUGAAAACAGACUUCACAUUUACAACUUAUAACAACCGAGUCCUAAUGAAAAGGCACAUCCAGAAUUCCGUCCAACAGUUAAAUGGAGAUGUCACCAUUGGCCAUGCCCUACUGUGGACUAUAGAGAAUCUCUUCCCAGAAGCACCCAACCUGAGAAAACAUAAAGUCAUCUUUGUGGUCUCAGCUGGAGAAAAUUAUGAGAGAAAGGAAGUAUUAAAGAAGAUGGCUCUGAGGGCCAAGUGUCAAGGCUAUGCCAUAUUUGUGAUUUCCCUGGGCUCGCCACAGAAGGACAACAUGGAAGAGUUAGCCAGCUACCCACUUGAACACCAUCUGAUACAGCUUGGGAGAAUUCAUAAACCAGAUCUGGAUUAUAUUGUGAAGUUUUUAAAGCCAUUUGUAUACUCCAUCAGAAAAGAAUUUAAUCAGUACCCGCCACCAGCGCUUGAGAAUGCCUGUAGACGUAUCAAUUUACAAGAAGAGCAUGGUCAAAGCAACGGUCUCCUAUUUACUGCUGAGUCACAUGAGACUUCUUCAGGAGAGAACAGCUUCACCAGCCAGGAAUUAAAUGCUGGGAGAGACUCAUCGUUUAUGUUGGAUGACAAUGGAAGUGACCAUUUGGUUCACAUUCCAAACCACAUGUUUAUGCCACCAAAAUUAAUGCUUAAGUAUGAAAAUGGUCGGGAUUCUGACGAAAUUGCAAGUCUCACUUCUGGACAUGAAAAUUAUGGCAGAAAAGAAGACCCAGGUUUUCCUGACAAACCUGGAGAUGCCUCUCUUCAGGACUAUUACAUGGAUGUAGCUUUCCUCAUUGAUGCUUCCCAAAGAGUAGGAAAUGAUGAGUUUAAGGAAGUGAAAGCUUUCAUAAUCUCAGUGCUCGAUUACUUUCACAUUGCCCCGGAUCCACUGAUGUCCACCUUAGGAGACAGAGUGGCAGUCCUGAGCUACUCUCCUCCAGGCUAUGUGCCCAACACUGAGGAAUGCCCUGUCUACCUGGAAUUUGAUUUGGUUACUUAUAACAGUAUAUACCAAAUGAAACAUCAUCUCCAAGACUCUCUUCAACCGCUCAAUGGAGAUGUUUUUAUUGGGCAUGCCCUACAGUGGACAAUUGACAAUGUCUUUGCAGGAACCCCCAACCUGCGGAAAAACAAAGUUAUCUUUGUUAUAUCUGCUGGAGAAACCAACCCCUUAGAUAAGGAAGUCUUAAGAAAUGUAUCUCUGAGAGCCAAGUGCCAGGGCUACUCCAUAUUUGUGUUUUCAUUUGGUCCUGUGCACAAUGACAAGGAAUUAGAAGAAUUAGCCAGCUAUCCACUGGAUCAUCACUUAGUCCAGCUUGGCCGAACUCACAAACCAGAUUUGAACUACGUAAUCAAGUUUGUCAAGCCAUUUGUCUAUUCAAUCAGACGUGCCAUCAACAGCUAUCCUCCUACAGACCUGAGACCCAAGUGUGUUAACAUCACCUCUCCCAAUCCAGACAAUGUCCGCAUGGAAGACAAUGUGUACCUUAUUCCUGAGGUGUAUAAAAUAGAGACCAAGAACAGUGAGCUGUUCGGUGAAUUCGGUUCCCAGGAGCAGUAUGUCUUUGUGUUAGAGAGCAAUCAUAGGAAUGGUUCUGGGACCACGGCUGAUUUGAACCCGAAGUUAUAUAUUCCCUUUUUAACUGGGGAGCUGAUGAUGAAUGACAAGGAAGAGGCACAUUCAGAAGAAAUCACAGCUCCAGCAAACGAUACACAACGAGAUGAAAAAGGUGCUGAGGACACAAGAUAAUCAUGGCAGAAAAGAAGAUGGCUCCAUUGGCAUGUGUAACU